CUCAGACUUACGCACGCGUAUUAUGUUCAAUUUUCGAAAACUCAAAACAAUUCGAAGUUUAUUUCAAAUUAAAUCAAUUGAUUUAAGAAUGUCAAAAGUUGUUCUUUUCAAGUCAGAAAGUGACGGACCUGAUAAAUUCGUCGAAGAACUUCAAAAACAUAAUUUUACAGUUCAAUCAAUAACAUCAAUAGAUUUCUGUUUUAAAAAUCUCGAAUUAUUAAGUGAUAAAUUGAACAAAUUUGAUGAUUAUGAAGGCAUCGUCUUUACAAGUCCGCGAUCAAUAAUUGCCACGCAGAAAUCAACUGAUAAUAAAAUCUUUGAAAAGUGGAAUGAUAAGGAAUUUAAUUAUACAGUCGGUGAGAGUACCGGAAAGCUUGCAGCUGAUUUGCUAAAUUUAUCAACAAAAGGUCAAGAUGCUGGAAAUGCUUUGAAGUUAUCCUCAAUAAUUGUUAAUGAUUUUACCGCUCAAAGUGCAACACGACCUUUGCUAUUUCCUUGUGGCAAUUUAAAACAAGAUAUUCUCGGAAAGAAUCUCAGUGAACAUUCAAUUAAGCUUGAUGCCGUUGAGGUUUAUGAUACAAUACCGCAUCCAAAUUUAGAAGAGCGAGUCAGAAGAUUAAAAGACGAAGAUUCACAAUUUUUUGUAUUUUUCAGUCCAUCGUCUAUUAAAUUCUCACUUCCAUUUAUAAAUAAGCAUCAAUUAGAUCUUGCAUGUAUCAAUUUUAUUGCCAUUGGACCAUCCACAAAAAAGUGUCUCAUCGAUAAUAAUUUAACAUGUUACGGAAUGUGUGAGAAACCAUCGCCAGAGAGUUUAUUGAACGUUCUAUUUUUGCAAUGAUGAUGAGUCUUAGUUGCAGCUUUAGGUAAUGAGUAGGCUGGAACAGCUUUUCUCUUCUUUUAUUAUUGUUAUUAAAGAGAAUUGAUUUGUUGUUGAAAUUUAAUGAUUUGAAAUUUAUGUGAUUAUGGCUUUUUGUUGUGAUUCGUAUGGUUGUCAUGGUUUUAAUAGAUUGUGACGUCAUAUUUGUUAUGAAGAUUAUUGCUAGGUUUUUGAAAAUAUUGAAAUUUUGAAUUUUGUAAGUUUUA